AGGCCGCGGGUUGCCAUGGCAGCCGUCACUCAAGCGAUUUCCAUGGCAACGGGGUGGAGAGGGGCGGGGGCGCUGCGCCUGCUGCGCCGCGGGGGACCGAGCCCAGGUUCCUCGCCCGGGAAAGGUUGGGCGGCGGCGGCGGCGGCGGCGGCGACCCUCCGGCGGGCCUUCUCCGUGCGAGCUCCGGCCAUGGCGGCUCUCAAGGUUGGCGACAAGCUACCGAGCGUGGAGGUCUACGAGGGUGACCCAGGGAACAAGGUGAACGUGUCAAGCCUCUUCAAAGGCAAAAAGGGCAUCUUGUUCGGGGUUCCAGGAGCAUUUACACCUGGUUGUUCAAAUACCCACCUUCCAGGCUAUGUGGAGAAGGCAGGUCAGCUCAAGGGUAAAGGCGUGGAGAUAAUCGCCUGCUUGGCUGUCAACGAUGUCUUCGUCAUGAACGCAUGGGGAAAGGCUCAUCAAGCCGAGGGAAAGGUGCGGAUGCUGGCGGACCCCACAGGAGCGUUUGGCAAGGCUACAAACCUGUUGCUGGAUAAGGAACCCCUUCGGGAGCUGUUUGGGAGCAACCGGUCCAAGCGGUUCUCCAUGGUGGUGCAGGACAGCGUGGUGAAGGCCCUAAAUGUGGAAGAGGACGGAACAGGCCUUACCUGCAGUCUGGCAAGCAAUAUUGUCUCUCAGCUCUAAGGUCUGGACACCUGAGUCCCACCUGGCUCCUGUGAGCAGAUGCCCCUUGCAGCAUCUAGGAUUUGGCCUAAACUGGUGUGCUGGGAAGAGGGCAGGGUACCUUGUGUCAUUGCGUUGAACCCUCUCUGUUGCUUCUGUUCUCUUGGGUAUAACAGCCUGAAAUAAAACACUGUUGGUUGUCCA